AUGUCGGGGUUUGAGAUCGCUGGCAUUGUUCUAGGGUCCAUCCCUCUCCUCAUCUCAGCGACAGAGCACUAUCGCAACAGCCUCGAUCGCGCAACUGCUUUCCGCAAAUGGAAGGACGUACUAAACUCGGCUUUGCGGGAAUUCUGGUAUCAGCACUCGUCUUUCGAGUCGAGUUUGAGGAUCAUUCUCAAGGAUGUGGCUAGCCCACCCGAAAUAGAGGAGAUGAUUGGAGAUCCUCACCAUGAACUCUGGAAGUCACGAGACCUGUCCCAGGCCUUACAGGAGAGGCUCAAAAACUCAUACCGACCUUAUAUAUAUGUCAUCGAGGAUAUGCGUGCGUAUAUGAAAAGGCUAGCUACCCAUUUAGAUAUAGAUCGUGAUGCUGGAACUGCGGAUGAUCUUGAGGCCAUUAUAAAAGCAAACGAGAGAUUGCCUUCUGCUGGGGGCCUUAUAACCUUUGAGUUCAAGCGUGCCGUCAAAUUAACCAUGAAAAGAAAAGAGGUCCAGAAACUCCUUGAUGAUAUGAAAGCAUCUAACAACCGCCUGGACGAGCUCAGAGCCAAGUCAGAGGCUCUGAGUAACAACAGCAUAACCCCAAGUACUGCUGAAAAGUUGGGAUUCAGCUCGUCACUGCAGCAGAUUCAAAACUAUGCAACCAUGUUGCAUCAAACUCUAGGAAAAGCAUGGUCCUGUUCAUCUCAUGCUUCCCACGAAAUUCGUCUACUGUUGGAAGACAGAGUCGUACGUCGCAAGGAACUAAAAUCUCUCAAGAAGGUGAAACCGCCAAGCCAACCACUUUCUUUCACGAUCACUCAUAAAUCGCCAACGAGCUGUGCACUUUGGAAGUCCGCCAAAAUAGAGAUUAUUGAUUCAGACCGGGAAGCUGAUAAAGAAAACAAAACAGUACGAUUCAAAGAAUCAGACACCCGGAGAUUCGGUCAGGGCCAGCAAAGCAUUAACAUCCGAAGUAUUCAUGGUUUAACAGUGGUUGGAGGCCUUUGCACCGCCUUUCGCUGUUACAACAGGUUUGGCUUUGGACUUGACGACCAGGGUGUACUUUAUGAGACCUAUCAGGCCGAAAUCAAACCUGUCUGUUGCGCGGAUAAUCUGAUCAGCCUUCAGGAACUCCUCUUGGCACGUUCUGAUAAGAAAUGCAUCAUCCCUUUGACAGACCAGCAGCGGUAUCGACUAUCGAUUAUUCUGACUUCAUCAUUUCUUCAACUGUAUUCAACUCCCUGGCUCAACAAAUACUGGAACCAACGCACAAUACUCUUCUCUUCAACCUUGAAGGAUGAUCAGCUUGAGGUUGACCUUGGGCACCCUUUCAUCGCAGAGAGCUACGGGAGUUCUCCAUGUCAAAACACCACCUCAAUGGAAGCGAAGGAAGUUGCAGAUGAUAGCGCAAAUCUUCUGAUGUUGGCCAAGAUUCUUCUUCAGAUCAAGUUCCAUGAUCGAGCGAGUUCCAUCAGCAAUAAGGAAAGAGCAUCGGAUCCAACAACUUUCGACCGAGUCCGGGAGUCUCAACUCCUUAAUCAGUGGGUAUUUCAGGAGAGGGAGAACUUAUCCCUGGGGCACCAGAAUGCCAUUAAGUUCUGCAUAGACUCUUCUAAUAGAACUGAUGCUGAUCUUUGGGAUCUAAAGUUUCGGCAAAUAGUUCUGGACAAGGUGAUAGUGCCUUUGGUUGAUGAACUAAAUUACAUGCAAGGGGUCACGUAA